GGGGGAGAAACGCGGUAGGGCCACCAUCGAUGGAGAAAUCAUAAAAAGCCGGGUACAGAUAAGGCACGCUCACCUUGGCGCAUCACUUGUGGUACCCUAUAAAAGAGAAGGACGCACCUCACGUUCCGAUCAAAUCGUAUCAAAAUGUCGCGUCCGAUCGUCGUUGCACUCGCAAUUCUGGGACUCUUGCAGGCGGCCACGGCUAUCGAUCUGUCACAAACUGAUAAUAUCCAGGUCAAUUUCGCUGAAGAGGAUGUUGUACCAAAAACGGCGCUGAAAAGUCUCGUGUCCAAUACAUAUGCUGCUGGAUUCAUCGGAAAUCUCGAAAUUGGACAAAGACGUGCCGAUGAAACAGUCUUCCGCCGAGUUAUCGAGUUCAAUAAUCCAACGAAUACUGUUCAAUCGGGUAUUCUAACGCUGACCAUCACUAACGGAGUUAUUCAUUACAUUAGUGUGAUGAAUGACAACGGCAGCUAUGCGGUGGUAUGCGGCGAGUCGUCAAGUCUGGGAACAUCCAGAACCAGCAUCAACAUCCGCGCGUCUGCCAACACGAAAUCCUAUCUUACAAUAAUCGCAGCAGCGCAUUAAAUGAUCGUGUGCGAAAAACAAUGGCAUUUACCGCAGCUCAUACGUUUGAACGAAUAAAUAAGAAUAAUUGUGUCCCUUUUUAUUUCUCAUAUAAGUUUAUUAAUUGUAUAAUAAGAAAUUUCUAUAGUCCUAUAUUGUACUCUUGUUUUGCAUGAAAAUAAAAGAGUCUUGAUAGAGAUCAGCAGCAA